AUGACAACGUUUUUGAGUUUCAAUGAGAACUUCAACUCCAAGCUGACCUUUACUGCAGAGGAUUCAGCUGAAACGGAGGAGAUGCUGCGAAAGGAUUUGCCGCUGAGUCACAGGUGGAGCGUUUGGGAGCAGAUUAUGCCAACCUCCGAGAGCAAAGGCAUCUACGCCGAUGCCACGCAGAAGGUUGCAAGCUUCGGAACUGUGCAGGAUUUUUGGAGGUUUUGGAAUCACAUCCCCCAACCCAGCGAGCUACUGGAACAAAAGCGUUUGGUCCGUGAACACCCAGACGGCCUGCGCGUCAUCGACGCCCUGAUGAUCUUCCAAGAGAACAUCCGCCCAGAAUGGGAGGACAAGAUGAACGCCAAUGGUGGACACUUCCAGUUCCAGCUGAAGCCCAGCUGCGGCGGCGGUCAGAUCGACGAGUACUGGAACAACCUGGUGAUGGGGAUGAUUGGUGCGACCAUCGAUCCACCGAACAUGAUCACAGGCGUGCGUUUGGUGGAUAAACUUUCAGGGCCACGCGCCUCCAACGUGAUCCGUAUCGAGGUGUGGUUUACGGAGAACGAGGAUUCUCAAGCCAUUGGCUUUUUCAGGGCAUUGGCCACUACCAGCAAGAGAAUGAAGAAGAUCAGCGCACAUGCUGAAGAGAUGAUGGAGGCCUUGAAGGACUUCGAUGAGAAGAUGGAGAAAGAAGUCCGAGAUCUGUCCAAAGAGGAGGGCUGGACACUGGUGGAUGCCUACAUCGAGCGUGCAUCUACGUCAGCUUUGAAGCUGCGUGGCUGGGAAUUCCUGAUGAACAAGGCCGCUGUUUGGGCAGACCACUGGCAUGCUGCAGAGAUUGCCGGAAGUCAGAGCAAUUGUGGUUGA